AUGUCGACCUCAAAAUCCCCCAAAACAAUGUCCUCGCGGCUGCUGACCAUGAAGUUCAUGCAACGCGCCGCCGUCGCCGCCGCCGCCGCCUCCCCAACUCCCAACACAACCACAGCAUCGACCCCUUCACAACCCUUCAAUCCCACAAACACCUCCACACCGCUGCCCAAGCGCCAAAAGUUUUCCGCACCGUCCACAUCCGCACCUUCCACGCCCGCGACGAGUACUAGUACUAGUACUAGCAAUGCAGAUCUCCAAGCCAUAUCCGCCGCGAUCAGAGCGGAGGAAGAGAAACGGGCCGCCGCCAUUGCGAGACAGGCCGCCGAGGCUGGCGAGCAGGAAUGGGUCAUCGAGUAUCCGCCGGGGACGUUCCCGGAAGCCCCUCCCCAGCCAGCGAUGGAUGCGGCGCCAACUCGCUCGCACGACGCGGACACAGACGCAGACGUCAACAGAGGCGAUGAAGACAACGAGAGCAAUGACGACGAUGACGACGAUGACGAUAACUUCAACCGCCAUUAUCACCACAACCACCAGCACGGCACCAGAACCUCCGACCCCUCCGCCCUCCUAAACGCCGCAAAGCACAACGCCAACGUCAACACCAACAGGCACAAAAACAAAAACGCGCCCAACAGCAACCACAGCAACAAAAAGCGCAAAUCCGGUGGCGGCGGCGACGGGGUCGUCGAUCUCAGCCGGCUGACGAGUAUAUCCGGCGGCGUCGACAGGGGGGAGCAGCAGCGGCGGCAGCAGCAGCCGCACAAGCGGGCGCAGAACCAGCAGGGAGGAGGCGGAAGGGGAAGGGGGAAGGGGAGGUGA